CACACGGCACACGGAGAGGGUUUUGUAUGUGAUGGUGUUACAGAAGGUUGCUGUUGAAUCAUGGCUCAAGUGCUACAUAUGGACACCAGCUUUCCAGGGAAGAUUAACUCUACAGUCCCCACUUCCCUGCAUGCGAAGGACACGGAGGCUCCUUACUCGGUAGAGACCCCUUAUGGUUACCGUCUGGAUCUGGAUUUCCUCAAAUAUGUUAAUGACAUUGAAAAAGGUAACACUAUCAAGAGGGUCCCCGUUCAGCGACGUCCACGCUAUGGUUCUCUGCCUCGUGGUUAUGGUUACACUGGCUCCUGGUGGACCUCCACCGAGUCGUUGUGCUCUAAUGCCAGCAUGGACAGCCGCCACUCAUCCUACUCAUACUGUGCACCAGGUUUUCACACAUCUCAGCGUCCCAACUUUAGCAUGGCUCGUGUGGAGAAGACUCUAUUAGAUGCACGGCGAAAGCUGGAGGAAGAGAAGGACACUCGUUUUUCCAACUUAGGCAGCAUGCACAGCAGUGUUGCUGGCUCCAACACCUCCUUGUCCAGUGCGCACAGCUUCAAUCGUACUCAGGGAGGGGGAAGUUCAUACACACCAGCCAGUUCAGGUCUGUCAACACCUGUAUCGCCCACCCCAGCCCACCUGCAGCAUGUGCGUGAACAAAUGGCCAUGGCCCUUAGGAAGAUCCGGGAUCUGGAAGAGCAGGUGAAGACCAUUCCUGUGUUGCAGGUGAAGAUCUCUGUGCUGCAGGAGGAAAAGCGACAGCUUAGUGUGCAACUGAAGAGUCAGAAGUUUCUGGGACACACACUUGGAUUCAGUCGUGGCCGGCCACGUGGAGAGCUCUACAUUGACAUUCCAGAGGAAGGAGUGGAUGCUGGUAGCAGUAAGGUGGAGGGGGGACUCUCACCCACCACCCCUGAUGGCUCACGUCAAGACUCAGGCUGUGAGAUAGAAGAUACCGUGAUUGUCGGCAGUAUUAGACAAGGAACAAGAAAGGAGGUUCGAACCAUUGGUGUUGGUCCUGAAAAUAACGAGAAAGAUACCUGCCAGGUGGGUGUAGGUGUGAGAGAGGAAGACUUGGGCUGUCUGCCUGAGACAGAAGCUCUAAAGUCCAAGGUGGGACAGUUGGAGAUGCAGCUGACAAAGACUAUGCAAGAGCUACAGAGUGCCCAGAUGCAGGUAGAGGCAGUGAAGAAGGAAAGGCAAGGUGGCACCCUGCAGGCUGAUCAUGCUGUAAGGGCCACCAGCGUUGGCUGGCAGGAGCAGCAUGACCAAGGUGGUUCUGGCCUCCACACUCUGGUCAGCUUUACCCAGCAAGGCCAGCAGAAGCAGCAGAGGACAGUGGGGAUCCAGGUGUACACAUUGGAGCAGCCUAUGGUGAUACUAAGGACUCAGCAAUGCAGCACCUCCUCCAGACCUUUAUCUGCACCCCUGCUGGAGGGAACUCCUCACAGAGGAUAUGCACAGCCCCUAGGUGCAGAAGAAUCAAUCGCAGUAAGCUCCAAACAGGUACGAGAGGUCCUAAAAAGUGAACUGUCCACAUCAGUCCCGGUCACCAGCCCUUCCAGUGCUAUGGAGACAAACUAUAGUCAAGUGGCUCCCCUUUGCCAGAGAGUGAGGGAAGGAGAACAGCAGCCAUCCACAGAAGUUAUGCCAUCACAUGAAAGUGCACUCCAACCAGCUUCUCCUCAUUCUAGCUUGAGAUCAAUCAUGAAGCAUAAGGCAGGCAGAGAACCACGCUGUUCUUCAGCCCAGAAGAAUUUGCAGUUUAUUGGAGUGAAUGGAAGGUAUGAGUCCACCUCAUCGGAGAGCAGUUCUGAGACUUCUGAUGAUGAGAGCGAUUCAAGUGAAUAUCAUGAAGCCACUGAGAAACUCCCGGAAUCUCCAGCUCAUCACCCUCGGCCUACCUCCGUCACCACCUCUGCUGUUUCUGUCUCUGUAAUUCCCGCAUCUAUAGAAACACCAAAUUCCCAGCACAGCAACAUCCCGCUUUCACUGAGUGAGGGCUCAGGUCUGCAUAGCAGCAUGCAGUCACCAGACUUGGACACAGCCACAUGUCAACAUGUUAUAAAGUCACCAGCAUUGGCUCCUCAGGAGACUCUUAUCCAGUCAGAAAAAUCUGAUUCCAUUCAGCUAUCUACGUCCCAGAACACUGCCAUUUGCCCUGAACGCAGUUUGACUGAAUUACCAACAAGCUGCAUGGCAUUGCAACAAACUGUUAACCAACCCCAAACCACUAACUCAGAGAACCAGCAACCCCAAGCCAGUAGCUCAGAGAACCAGCAACCCCAAGCCAGUAGCUCAGAGAACCAGCAACAUUCUAACCCAUCUGAAUCCUCAGGCCUGACCACUCAACACGCCACUGCUCUGUCAUGCACCACUGGUGCUCCUCACCUGGACGAUAGCCAAUCACAAAGCACUAACCCAAGUCCAUACCAGCAAACUGUCAAGUUGAAGUCUUCAGAUGCUUCCGACCAACAGCAUACAGAGAAAUCUCCAGUCGCUAGUCAACCUGAAAUCACCUCCUCAAACAAAGUGCCUAAACAAGAAACCAGUUUCAGAGGAGAACUGAGUGACAGCUUUACGACAGCUCUACGAACCUUGCAGAAAGCACUUGGUGAACCAAAUGCUUUUAGCCAACAGGGGGCGAGAACAGCUUACACCUCGGUGCUACAGGAGUGGCUGCGUGUCUCGUGUCAUAAAUCUGCGGACACAGCGGUUGUCCAAGCCUACAUGGAUGCCUUUGCUUCUGUCUCACCUCAACUGCUGGAGUUUGUGAUCAAUAUGGCUGAUGGGAAUGGCAACACAGCACUACACUACACUGUCUCACACUCCAACUUCCCUGUGGUUAAACUCUUGCUGGACACAGGUCUCUGUAAUGCAGAUAAGCAGAACAAGGCUGGCUACACGGCUAUCAUGCUGACAGCUUUGGCUGCAUUCCACUCUGAGAGUGACCUUCAGACAGUCCUGCAGCUGCUCCGCACUGGAGACGUCAAUGCCAAGGCUAGCCAGGCUGGCCAAACGGCUCUGAUGCUGGCAGUAAGUCAUGGUCGUGGAGACAUGGUUAGAGCGCUGCUGUGCUGCGGUGCUCAGGUCAAUCUGCAGGAUGACGAUGGUUCCACAGCCCUCAUGUGUGCCUGUGAGCAUGGUCACGUGGACAUUGUGCGCCAGCUGCUCUCAGUACCAGGCUGUGAUGCCACACUUACAGAUAAUGAUGGCAGCACUGCUCUCUCCAUAGCACUUGAGGCCAGUCAGAAUGAUAUUGCUGUGCUUCUGUAUGCCCAUCUGAAUUUUGCCAAACCUCCUUCCCCUGUGACACCAAAGUCACAAAUUGUGGGAUCCCCAUCAUCUUCAUCUGAGAUCCUGAAAUGAAACAUAAAGGAUUAUUCCUGUAUGGUCGUAUACUCAUUGUAAUUGCAUCAAUAGUACAGUUGAUCUGUGCAAAUGUAUGUGUUUUUUAAGCUAUAUGUAUCUACUGUUAUUAUCACUUAAUUCUGUGCUACUGCUUUUUUGUGGUUUUAGUGUCUCCUUUACACACAAUCUUUCAAACCGACACAUCAUUUAUUACUGUAAAUCCUAAACUGUUAUAAAUGUUCUUGCAGUGCCUACACAAUCACCUGUAAUGCUGACAUUUUAAAGAAAUCACAGUCAGGUCCAUAAAUUCUGAAACAUUGUAUGUUUUUUUUGCCAUUUGUUCUCUAUACACCACCACAUUGAUUCGGAAUGAAACACUCAAGCUAAGUCAAGACAUUCAGCUUUAAUUCAGAUCAUUUUCUAAAGAAGUGUGGCACUAACCAUUUAGGAAUUACAGCCAUCACCCCCUUUUGGGUGCUUAUAAAUAACAGAACGAACCCAUGGACAUGACCAAAUUGCAAGUUUCCUUUCUCUAAAUGCUUUGCCAGGGUAAUCACCUGCAGGCCUUUUGUCGGCGUGAACAGUCAUGAGGUAAUGAGACCUGCAACAUAGACCAGGUCAUAAAUGUGCUUGCCAACCAUUUUGUUCCAUUAUUUAUGAGACCAAAAACUUCUAUUAAACUCCUUGAAUUAAAGCUUGAUGUCUUGACUUUGGUCACAUCUAGAGAGUUUCAUUUAAAAUUCAGUGUAAAAACAAAAAAUUCUAUUAUAUAAAAUAUCUUCCUUAUUUAUUGGCUCCAACAUUCAAGCUAAAUUUUGAACAAUGAUAUCAAUUAAUCAAUUCAUCAAUGAGACCCAAUGAGAUUCCGGUUUUCAAUUUAACAAUGUGUUAAAGUCUGAUCAAUUUAAUUUUACAGACUAAUUUACUUAAAAUUUCUCCUGUUUUAACUUUUGUGCUGAUGAAGGUGUCACCCAUGUUAGACUUGUGAAUUUUCUAUCUUUUGUUAAUGGUUCGUUUCUAUGAUCAGAAGACCUGUUGUCUAACUACUCUGCCACGCUUAUAAAAGCCAUGCAACCACAGUUUGUUAUCCCUGGCUGUUCUACCAAAGUGUUUUUUUUUUUUUUUCAGUACAUUUAUAUACAGAAAACUUUCCGACGUCUCAUAUCAGUAUUAAGUCAGGUACUAAGUAUUAAUAGUAAGUUAAUUAUAUUAAAGUGAAAGCUUGUUUAACUGGUUUAAAAAGUAGUUACACAGUAGUUACUGCCCUGAAUAUAAUUCAUUGAUUGGUUCAUUAAUUUGUCUCCACUCAGUGGUUUGUCCUGUCAGGGUCACACUGAAUCCUGAGCAUGGGGCAGAAAUACAGCUUGGAGUGGGGUGCUAAUUUGCUUAGAAAGUUGUGAUAUUAUUACUCUUUAAAUGCAUUAAUUAAUUGUCAAUUCUACACAUACACAGGAAUGUCACAAAUAGACUUUAUAUACAGUAUAGACUCACCUUAGCUUUUUUUGUGUGAAAGUUAACAGCAAUAUGACACAUGCUCCACAGUUGUAGACUGUUGCAUAGACAUGUAGCUACGGUUUACUUGUAUACUGUACUUUCAACACGUCCAAUUUGCCUUACAAAAUGAUAAAGAUUUUUUAGAAUACAUAUUUCACACUGUAAACAGUUACAGUACAACCCAGAUGGCACACCAGAUAAGCUGAUAGUCAGACACCAAUUUUCCAAAACCAUUAUAAAUUGUUGUUCUGUGUUUAUAUGUGCAGUGAGUGGUUGUAUACAAAUGUAUCAUGAAUAAAUAAGGCUUCUUCUUGAAUGCAUUAAGGUACUAAUUUGUAUGUAGAAGGUGUCUAGUAGUAUUUUCUAAUGGCUGGAUGAGCUGCUGUAGAAGAAUGUGGUGGAGUUUGAUGCUGAAAUCAAGACUGUAAAUUAUGGGGCUCCUUCAUCAGUUUCUGUUCUUAGAAAAGUGCUAGAGUUCUAGAAAGUGAUCUAUUGAUAAAGAAUGUGCUGUAUAAGAUUUUUGAAAAAUGAGGAUAAUAUAUGCCGUGCUUUUAUAUACAAAUUUUUGCUUUUUAAAACACGGUUGUUGAAAUAUUGUGUAAUAUGAUGGUUAAUUUGAGGUUUUUAUACACAUUUUAUUAUCACUAGUUUAGGAACUAAUUUGUUUUAUAAUCUUUUAUAUUUCUUUUAUUUAGUCUAACUUUAUAUAUCAAUCUGUGACAAAUAUGUACGUCUUUUGGCACUUUUGACUUUAUUUGUAAUUAACUUUAUAA